AUGGCGCACGGCGGCGUCACGGCGGCGCCGUUGCUCCCCUCGGCUGCCGUGGUGCCGGGCACGCCACACCGGAACAGGUUCGCCUUCCUCUGCGCCACGCUCGCCUCCAUGACCACCAUCCUCAUGGGCUACACUCUCGCGCUGAUGAGCAGCGCGCAGCUGCUCAUCCGGGAGGACCUGGGCCUCACCGGCGUGCAGGUCGAGGUGCUCACGGGGUCCAUGAACCUGUUCAUGCUCGUGUCGGUUCUCGGCGCCGGGUGGGCGGCCGACCUCCUGGGCCGCCGGGGCACGCUCGUGCUCGCCAACGCCUUCCUCAUGGCCGGCGCGCUCGCCAUUUCCGCCGGCGGCAGCUACGCCUCGCUCAUGGCCGCGCGCUUCGUCACCAGCGUUGGCGUCGGGUUCGCCCGCGUCGUCGCGCCCGUGUACAACGCCGAGAUCUCGCCGGCGUCCACUCGCGGCGUCCUGUCGUCCUUGCUGGACAUGUUCGUCAAUGUCGGCAUCUUGCUUAGCUACGUGUCGAAUUACGCCUUCGCCUCCGUCGCCGUUGGGGUGGUCAAGACGUGCUUCAUCCUCGUCGCGACGUUCCUCUCCGACCGCGUCGGCCGGCGCCCCCUCCUCCUCGCCAGCGCCGCGGGCGCCGCCACGGCGCUGGCCUCCGUAGCCCUGACCCUCUGCGCCGGCGGCGCCACGUCGUCGGCGGCGUGUGUCGCGUCGGUGCUGGCCUUCGUGGCGGCGUUCUCGGUCGGGUUCGGGCCGGUGGUGCCCACGUACAGCUCGGAGGCCAUGCCGCUGCAGGGCACCAGCCUCGGCACGGCGGUGAACCGGGUGACGUGCGGGGUGGUGACCAUGACGUUCAUCUCCCUCGCCGGCUGGAUCACCAUGCCCUGGUGCUUCUUCCUGUGCGCGGGCGUGGCGGCCGCCGCGUGGGCCUUCGUGUGCGCGCAGCUUCCCGAGACCAGUGGGCGGGGCUUGGAGGACAUGGAUGUGCUCUUCUCCAAGUGACCAUAGCUUGGUUGCCGAAAUUGGGGCAGUGAACUGAAACUAGCAUCUGAAGAACUGUAAACCAAAAUCAUGUACCUGAAAGUGUUAAGUGGAUAAUCGGAUAGUAUAAUUUUUCAUUCAUUCUGUGCAAGAUUGGAAUUUUUUUGGGCCCGUGAAUUGACAGGGCAUGUCGAGAGUCGAGUUUUUUCUUUUUUGUUUUCAUUGAUCUUUUCAUGUAAGUUC